CUCCCCUCCCCACCCCCUCCUCUUCCCCAACCCACACCGACGGAACCAGAUGUCGGGUCGAGAGACUGAGUAGCGGGAAUAAGCUGAGUUAGUGUCGGACUUCCAGAGCUGGUCGCUACGGUGGAGGGAGCUGUGUUAGGGCGAAACUCGAGGAGCCCAACAUCUGUUUUUUUUUUUUUAAAUAAGAAUAAAAAACAUCUGGAGCAGAUGGGCUACACCCAAGAAUGCGCAGAGAAGGAAAUGGACCGGGUUUUCAUUCUUAUUUUGUUUCGGGAUUUGUAAGCUGCAGGGGGAGGGAGAGAGAGGGGCAGCCCGCGCUGGUGUUGAAAUCAGGUCUGGAGUUUGGAAAUCGUUGCCUAGCCAUUCCAGCGGCUGAACUGGUCUAGACUUUGACGGAACGAAGCUGACAAUCUGUGGACAGCAGUAGCCGUACGCUUGAACACGCUGAUUGUCUUGCUGCGGUGUUGAUGGUGCGUGGGCCUGGACUGAGCUGAUGGUGUGUGAUGGAGUUGAAGGUGUGGGUCGAUGGAGUCCAGCGCAUCGUGUGUGGUGUCAGCGAGGCCACAACCUGCCAGGAGGUGGUCAUUGCUCUCGCCCAGGCCAUUGGGAGGACUGGUCGGUACACUCUGAUCGAGAAGUGGAGGGAGACGGAACGUCACCUGGCCCCGCACGCCAGCCCGCUGGGGGCCCUGAGUAAGUGGGGCCAGUACGCCAGCGAUGUGCAGCUGAUCCUGCGGCGCACGGGGCCCUCCCUGAGCGAGCGGCCCGCCUCGGACACGGGGGGCCGGGGGCCGGAGAGAACGUUGUACCGGCAGAGCCUGCCGCCCCUGGCCAAGCUCAGGCCCCAGAACGACAGGUCGCUCCGGCGGAAGGAGCCCAAGAGGAAGUCCUUGACUUUCUCCGGGAGCCCAAAGGGGUUCGUGGACGUUUUCGGCAAGUGCAAGGACUCGGAGUCCCGGCCGCAGGGCCCGGCCCCCAGAAGUGGCCUGGACGAGUUCAAGCGGGUGGUGCAGCGCCAGAAGGAGAGGCUUCAAGCUCUGGACAGGCAGCUGGAGACCAACCGGGCGGAGACCAGGUACUGGGAGGGGAAGGCCAGCUCUCGCGUGGAGGAGGAGACGGUCAGGUUGCAGCAGCGCAUCAGGAAGAACGAGGUGGAGAUCGAGGAGGAGGAGUUCUGGGAGAACGAGUGGCAGAUCGAGCAGGAGAACGAACGGCAGCUGAAGGAGCAACUGGAGGAGGUGAGGCGCCGCAUCAGGGACUCCGAGCAGAAGCUGACGGAGUGCGCGCAGAAGAUCCAGACCAUCGAGAGCGGCAUCGAGGCGGAGAAGCUGCAGCAGCAGCUCGAAGGGGCGCAAGUCAACGAGGAGGAGGUGAAGGGGAACGUGGUCAAAAUCAGGAAGGAUAUCGAGCUGAAGUACCAGCACAGCACCAGGCUACAGAACAGCUUGCGGGCUGUGGAGAGAACUUUGGGUCAAGUCAAUAAAAAGCUUCAGGAGAAGGAGCAGGAGUUGGAGCAGCUGACCAAGGAGCUUCGACAGGUCAACCUCCAGCAGUUCAUCCAGCAGACGGGCACCAAGGUGACCAUCCUGCCCGCCGAGCCUAGCGAGGAUGAGCUGCCUCCGUACAAGGAGAAAGCUACCCUGCCAUCAACAGGAUCCCUGAAGUGGCCUCCCUCCACACGCCAGCUGCCCAGCAACCUACGAAUUCUGCAGAACCCGCUCAUCUCCGGCUUCAACCCAGAAGGCAUCUACGUCUAACUACACAACGUAGCCACCACCAGCUGGUCCCAAGUUGCGGGUUACUCUCUGAUGGCCACUGGUGAUAAUACUGACCGCUGGGGCUAGGCUGGGGCCAGAGGGACAGAAGGGCGCGGCGUGCAGUGCAGUGCAGUGGUGUUAUCUCACUAUAGUGCCCGUUCUACUCAAGGCAUUAGACUGUGGUGCUGCAUAUGUUUUUUUCGAGGGGCUUGACACUGGUAUUUGUUCAUCUAAAGAUUUUUUUUAAACCUGGUUCAAUUUGCAUAAGUUAUAGGAGCGCAGGCCAUUCGGCCCAUCAGGUUUACUCCACCACUAAAUGAUGGCUGAUCUAUCUCUCCC